AUGUCACAGCAUCCACCCCAUAAUAAUCACGAAUGCAAGUGUAGUAGCGAUUCAACAAUCGCCCGCCAGUCUUUGGAGGAAAUGGAUUUUGAAAGAGGUAUUUGGAGUGCUGCCCAAAAUGGAAACAUAGAAAGGGUUAAAAAAUUGAGUGAUAGUUGGAAGUUUCAGGUUGAUCAAAGGGAUUCUGCAGGGUACACUGCCUUACAUUAUGCAGCUAGAAAUGGUCAUCUUAGUGUUUGUGAAUAUUUGGUCGAAAAAGGGGCCGAUAUUGAUGCCACUACAAAAAGUGGAUUGGCAACGGCUUUGCAUAGAGCUGUCUCAGCUGGCAAGUACAUAUUUCACUUUAUAUAA